AUGGCCCAGCAGCAGCCCAGGCAGGCUGCGGCCCCGCCCCAGCAGCCCAACUGGCAAGGACUGGCGGCGCUCCAGAAGCUUGGCUACGCCGACGAGCACCCGCUCAUCCAGGCUGCGCGGCAGGAGCUCGCCACCCUGGAGGCUGAAGAGCGUCGCGCUCAGCCCCCUGAGCAGCUCUUGGUCUCCCUCCAGAAGCGUGUGGAGGUGGCGCGGGCUAGAGCCUCUCAGCUGGCGGACGACCUCGGCGAGGCCACCGCGAGGGUCGACGACCUCCGCAAGCAGCAGGGCGUGGCCGACAUGGAGGUCAAGAACCUGGAGGCGGAGGUCCAGGCUGCCCAGCGCGCCGUGGCGGCCUCGGCGGCGGGCUCCAGUGGCGUCGACUUGGCAGCCCUCGCCUCCACGCUGGUGGGCCUCCAGGCCACGCUCGCCAGUGCCCCUGCACGCGUCGUCAGUGGGCAGGGUAUCACUGUCUUGGAGGCGAUCGGGCAGCAGGUGCUGCGGCUGCCCCCGCUGCCGCUGGAGCAGGAGGCCCGCCAGACUCCCUGCCAGCUGCCACAGCUGCCGCGGCCCCCCCUGCCGCGGCGCUGCCUCCUGGUGCUGCCUACGCGUUUCGCGCUGGCGGGGGAACCGCCGCUGCAGCCUGGGAAGUCGCAGGUGAGGCCGACAUGGAAGGCUAGACACCGUGGGCGUCGUGGCAGCGCCCGCGUGAAGGCCUCUUUCGUCACCUACAACGGCUCGUCCUGGGCUUCGUGCAGGGAGUUUCUGACCUACUGCGACCUUGGCAUCCAGGUGGUGGCGGCCCAGGAGUUGCGCAUCGAUGGUGGGCUUGUGCUGUUGUCUUGCUACUUUGAGGUGGGACGAUGGAAUGACGUGAAUGCGAUGCGGCUCUACGACAUUGCUACGGCGCUGCGGGGUUGGAACAGGCCGUUUCUUGCGGCGGGGGAUUUCAACUGCGAUCCAAAGCACCUCUUGGAGUAUGGCUUCCUGGACUUCAUUCCUGCAGCAGUGGUCGCGAGGCCUCCCGAUCCUACAAGGCAUCAUCCUGUUGGUACGUGCCGCAGCGCUAAAGGGGCCUACUCGACCAUCGACUACUGGCUGGCCAGCUUGUCUAUCGCGGGCUCGAUGGCGAAGCCCCACCCUGUGGAGGGAUGGCCUGCAUCGCCACACUUCCCUAUGCUGACGUCCCUGGACGCACGGGCUAAGGCUGUCAAGUUCCUCGUCUUGCGGGCGCCGAAGGCUUUCCCGAAGGCAGCCCCGACUGAGGACAUCACGCCUGUGCUGGCAGCUGGUACCCGCGAUCUCAUCGAGGAUGAUGUCGCACGGGGAAGAGCUGCGAGUCCUGCUCAGGCUCAGGCGAGGCUGGAUCGCUUGUACGCUGAGUUCGUGAAUGUCGUGGAGGAGGAGCUGCUUGUGCGGUAUGGCAUCCCUGUCAGC